AUGAACUUGCCCAGCUCCCACAUCCCGCCCCGCCGCAGUGCGAGCAUUCACUCGCUCACCCCCUCGCGGGACCUCCUCAUCAAGCCCAAAUCACCAGAGAAGUCGGCCGCCGCCGUCGCUGUGACCGCCACGAAAUCAAAACGAGUGCGGACGGGCUGUCUAACGUGUAGAGAAAGGCAUCUAAAAUGUGACGAAGGGUUACCGGAGUGUUUGAAUUGCAGGAAAAGCAGCCGCGAGUGCAAGCGCGGCGUGCGGCUAAACUUCAUAGAUGUGCAAGUCAAGCAGCCGCCAUAUAUGCCGCCCACCGUCGAGUGGUCAGUCCAAUUUCAGGACGAAUCGAGGCAGAUCGCCUCAGAAUACGUGGGAGGCCUUGGCCGCUACGCUCACCUGGAUAAGCAAGCAGCAGCAGCCGCCGCCCCCCCUCGGCACACGAGCCAUCUUGAACCAACCCUUCGUCACCAAGGCCAUCUCCUCCCUCAAGCACACGCAAGUGGCCCGGAUAUAUCCGUAUCACCAAGGACUCACAUCUUGCACCACCUCCCACCGCCGCCCAUGUACAGCUACGCCCACCGUCACGAGCCGCCGCGGGCCGCCGAGUCGGUGCACCCGCGUCGUGACAGCGAUAACCCCUACCUCACGCCUCAAAACUCUGCCCACACGGGGCCUCACCCGUACGUCCUUCACGACCACUUUGCCUCGUACCACGAUGCCCCCCCUCGCCAUCCCGGCCAUCGCGACAGCGACGCAUCGAGCGCAGCGUCCAUCGUGCCGCAGCCCACGGCGCCGCCCCACAGCUACCGCGGCAGCGUCGCCGCCGCCGCCGCCAACCCACUGGCCCCCGAUGGCAUGAUGACGCCGCCGCCGAGCGAGAAGGCGUCGGCCCGGGAGAGGGAGUACCUCAACUCGCCCGAGGAGAUCCUGUACAUGCAGGUCUUCGUCGAGGAGGUCGGCGUCUGGAUGGACUCGCUCGACAAGGAGAAGCACUUCUCCCGCCUCAUCCCCUAUCACUCCCUCAAGUCGCCCAUGCUGCUCAACGCCUGCCUCGCCUGCGGCGUCAAGCACCUGACCCUCGUCAACCCGGCCUACAAGGACGACAAGGCCCUCUUCUACUACGAUACCGCCACGACUCAGCUCCUCCGCAGCUUGCAAAACCCGGACCGCAACAUGGGCGAGUGCGCCACCACCGCCGUUGUCCUCAACGUCUACGAGAUCAUGUCCGAGAAGCCCGCCCAGCGCAUGAACCACAUCGCUGGCGCCCGCGCCCUUAUCCGCGAGUGCAAGUGGGACGCCAAGUCAUCCGGCAUCGGCGCCGCCUGCUUCUGGCUCAACAUCGGCAUGGAGGUGCUCUCCUGCCUGGCCUUCAACUGGCAGACGUCGUGGGACCCGGACCAGUGGGGUCUGGGCGUGGACUUCGCGGCAGACACCGGCGCCGCGGUCGUGGCAGCUACGAGGCAGGCUUCUGACGACGGCUUCGGCCAGGAGGAGCUGUGGGUGCAGCGGAUCUUGUACAUCGUUGCCAAGAUUGCCAACUUCCGCGCCACGAUCCCGCGAUUCCAGGAGCCGAGCCCCCAUGACGAGCAAAUCCGCCUAGGCAACCGGUUGGCGCAAUGGCAAGACUUGAAGAGGUUGUGUGACAGGUGGAACAACGUGUGUCCGAGGACGAUGCACCCCUUUGGGUACCUUUACCCCUCGCAGACUAAGUCCAAGUCUGCUUUCCCUAACGUCUGGCUCAUCAAGCGCGCCGCCAUUAUUGGCCGCCUCUUCUACCACACCGCCCAGUGUAUCCUCGCCCAGACCAACCCCAUGGAGCCGGGCAAGGCGUCGGAGGAGAUGCGUGCCCUGCAGUUGCACCACGCGCAUCAGGUUUGCGGUAUCGUCGCGCACACCAAAGACCGCGGCAUCGCCUCCGUUGCUAUCCGCUCGCUCGCCAUCGCCUCGGCCGUCCUGACCGAUCCGCGCGAGCAGGAGGAGGUUCUCGAGAUCCUCGACAAGAUCCACGCCGAGAGCGGCUGGCGACUCGGUAAGAUCCACAGCGAGCUCAAGAAGACCUGGGGUUGGCCCAGCCCCGCGCCCUCCCACUCCACCCUCCCUAGCAUCAACGACCAUAGGGGCUCAGUUGGAUAUGGUAGGCCUGGCCCGCCUGGCAACCCGCCCGCUAUGGCGACUUCGUCGGCGUCGGGCACGUCGGGCCCUCCGGGGUCGAGCGCCGCGUCGUCGGCACCGAUGAAGGCGCUGGUCAACCCGCUCUCGUUCGCCGACUUUAGCCUGCCGAACCACCCGUACCAGAACUGGUACGAGCCACCCAACCGGACAAACACGCACAGCGCGCAGAGCUUCCUAUGA